UUUUACGUUUUAUUUUUGUUAGAAAACCAAGUUUUUCCAUAAAUGGGUAUAAAUAUUAAAUUUUAACGCUUAAGAAUUGAAUAAAGGUUUUGGGCUGUUCCUGUUUGAAUGGUUUUCCAUUCAGUUUUUUUUAUUUGUAGGACUUACCAAAUCUUUGUUAGAACCGUGUUGUUCCUAGAUAUUAGAAGUUGUAAAAAACAAACAAAUAUGCACCAUUCUUUGUUGUUUUCUCUCCUUUAUAUAUACUCUAUGUAGCAUUGUCGCUUAUUUACUGUGAUUCAUCUUAUUUUAUAUGAACCUUGUCUUGCAAACAUUCAAAAAUGAGAUUUCCAUGUUCCUUAAAAAAGUGUCCUAAAAAAGGAGCCAAAAAUUUCAUAGGAUGCAAUAAGACAAAAAUAUUUAUCACCUGUAGCUUUGUUUAGACUUCGCUGUUUGUUUAGUAUAUCGUGUUUCCUCUCUUCUUUGUCUUUCACUCUAAGUGCUUUCUUACACCUUGACUAAACCAAAGCAAAAAUUUUUGCUAUGUCCUCCGCCAUGAACUAUCAAAGAUUAGAAAAGUUAGGCGAGGGAACUUAUGCGAACGUUUAUCGAGCGCAAAACCGCACAACGGGCGAAGUUGUUGCUCUUAAAGUAAUCCGAAUUGACCCGGAGGAAGGAACCCCUAGCACGGCUAUUCGAGAGAUUAGUCUUAUGAAGGAGCUUCGACACCCAAACAUCAUGUCGCUGAUUGAUGUUUUACAUACGGACAAUAAGCUGAUGCUCGUUUUUGAAUAUAUGGAAAAAGACCUGAAAAAGUAUAUGGAUGCAUACGGAAACCAAGGAGCUUUAAGUCCUUCCGAGGUGAAGAAUUUCACAAGACAAUUGCUAAGUGGGAUUUCGUUCUGUCAUGAAAACCGUGUAUUACACCGAGACUUGAAGCCGCAAAACCUUCUCAUCAAUAAUAGAGGUGAGUUGAAACUGGCUGAUUUUGGACUCGCGAGAUCUAUUGGUAUUCCUGUAAAUACCUUCUCAAAUGAAGUCGUUACCCUUUGGUAUCGUGCUCCGGAUGUCUUGUUGGGUUCAAGGGCUUACAACACUUCCAUCGACAUUUGGUCCGUUGGAUGCAUCAUGGCUGAAAUGGCAACAGGGCGUCCUUUGUUUGCUGGUUCUAAUAAUGAAGAUCAGCUACUUAAAAUCUUUCGUCUCCUAGGAACACCUACUGAACAAACAUGGCCUGGCAUAUCUCUUCUUCAAGAAUAUAAGACUACCUAUCCUCUGUAUAAAAGCCAAGACUUAAAUCAUUUAAUGCCCCGUUUUGACCCUCUUGGCCUGGAUCUACUGCGAAGAAUGCUUCGUCUUCAGCCAGAGCUCCGUAUUACUGGCCAAGAUGCCUUACAGCAUGCCUGGUUCUUAACUCCUUAAAAGAUGUCUUCCUUCUCAUUGGAGAGUGUCCGUUCUUCUUGGUUUUUAUUUCCUUUUCAUGAUUUCCUCAAUGGUAGAUUUGCGAGGUACAACUUACUCAUUCAAGUGUACAAUUUGGCUUAUCUAUCGCGAGCAUACGACUUUUUUAUUCCAUUUUGUGUUUUGUAAAUGGAUUUUAUUUAUACAUACAUACAUAUAUAUAUAUUACGCCAAGGCUUUAUUUCAUCCGUGUUUUUAAUAAGUACAUCCAUCGUGUGGUCACUUAAUGUCUUUCAAAAGAAUAGAUUACAAGUUUUUCAUUUCUGUUUGAUAUCAACGUUACCAAAAAAUUCCACGAAAUCUUCAAUUACGUUAGAAACAUAAUGCUUUCGACUCAUGGUACUCAAAUUACGAGUUGGUUCGUAACCAGACUCAUUUUAAGGUCUUUACUAUUUACUGUUUGUUGAUUUUGGCAUCUUUUUCUUUUCCGGAAACUUUAUGUGGUAAUUUGAGAAUAAGAAAGCAUGAAACCCAUAAUUGAUGGUGUUUGAGGAAAAACCAGAUAUUUAUGUUAUACCUUUAGCUUUUUUGUUAAGGAGGAGAGGUUUAUAGUUAAUAUACAUAGCUGGGAUUCACUAAAUUGAUUCUAUUCACCCGACGACGAGUAGCUUUUGGCUUGAUUGGGAUCCCCAGCAGAUGCUUUCUUUUCUUCUACUGCAAUUUAUUAUUCUUUUCGUUGUUCCUAAACUUUUGAUAAUGAAUUUUGGAUACUAG